CACUGCGUUUUCUUCUUAAUCAACAACCUUUCUGGUUUCAAAACACAAUUAUUUUCUUCCUCUUCACAUGUUUUCUUUCAUUUAAGCAUUGAAGGAAAACGAGAGGAGAUUACCAUUUGAAUUCCGAGAUAGAAAUGGAAACUGGGUUUGAUUCGGAUUGGGAAACCGGUUGUUUGUUGGGAUUAGAGAAUGUAGAAGAAGAUGGAGAGCUUGAAGCAGAAUGGUGUUUGCCAUCAAUUCCUCAGCCACAAACACCCAUGGAGCCAAUGGAGUUUUUAUCUAGAUCAUGGUCUUUAUCCGCAUCAGAACUUUCUAAAGCACUUUCUCUGAAACACAAACAGUUUGAGCUCCAUCUUAAUCCAACUUCAUUUCCGGACACCAUUGUUGCACCCCAAAUUGCUGGGAAAGUCUUGAAUUCGAUUCAAGCUCGAAAAAAUGGAUCGAUUGGGAAAUGGUUUAAUCACCAGAAGGAGUUAGGCGGUAACACAGUGAAGAAGAAAGAUAAGAUACGUGCGGAAAAUGCUCGGUUGCACACGGCUGUUUCGGUUGCUGGGCUAGCCGCAGGUUUGGCUGCUAUAGCCACAGGUGGAAACUCCAAUGACACAGCUACAGGCUCAAAGAUGAGCAUCGCAUUGGCGUCUGCAACUCAACUUUUGGCAUCACAUUGCAUUGAAUUAGCUCAAGUAGCCGGGGUUGAUCAUCACCAUGUUGCUUCCGUUGUUAAAUCAGCAGUCGAGAUUCAAUAUGCUGGUGAUCUCAUGACUCUCACAGCAGCUGCUGCAACAGCUUUGAGAGGAGAAGCAGCUCUAAAAACCAGAUUGCCAAAAGAAGCAAGGAAAAAUGCAGCCAUAAGCCCUUACGAGAGGACCAUGACUGAAGCUCGUUGGGCUGCAGAUUUUCUUACUCCUUGUGAGGGUGAACUAUUACAGCAUAUACGAAAAGGUGUAUUGAGAUGGAAGCGCGUCAGUGUAUACAUCAAUAAGAAACCUCAGGUCAUGAUUAAGCUAAAAAGCAAACACGUUGGAGGAGCAUUCUCCAACAAUAAUAAAUGCAUUGUUUAUGGCGUUUGCGAUGAGACUUGUGCAUGGCCAUACAGAAAAGAGAGGGAAACAUGUGGGGAACUCUAUUUCGGUCUCAAGACAGGGCAAGGACUUCUAGAGUUCAAGUGUGAAAGCAAGAAUCAUAAGCAGAAAUGGAUUGAUGGGAUUCAAAAUCUUCUCCGGCAAGUCAGCCAUGCCGAAGCAGCUGAGCUUUCAAUCGAACCUUUGCGUAUCGACGACACCAUAAAGGAAAUGGUAUAGUUUGUGCAGCACACAGUGAAUAUGUCAUAUAUAUUUCCAUAUGUAAGCUAUGCUACCAGUUCUUACAAUGCAUGUUAAGGGAGA